AUGGCCGACUCAUCUCCUCUCCUCUCCCGAGUCAACUCGUCCGACCCAGAAGCUAACCCUCUGGUGCACAAAGGUGCACCUACCCUUGACGAUGUGAUCGAGCAGUCCGUCGGCAGCUUCGGCCUAGCGCAGCUGAUCCAAGCCAUCCUCGCGUCGUUCGCAUGGGUCUUCGACGCCCAACAAACGUUCAUCAGCGUCUUCACAGAUGCUCAGCCAUCUUGGCAUUGCACACGUGUAAAUGACACUGUAUGCUCAUCUGCCGCCACCCCAUGUGGGUUACCGAAGCAUGCAUGGGCAUGGGACCAGCCCGCGAGUGCAUCCAUCAUCUCUAAGUGGGACUUGAUGUGCUCGAGCUCACUCAUCUCAGGGCUCCCAGCGUCGUCUUUCUUCGCAGGUUGCUUUGCUGGUGGUUUCUUCCUUGCGACACUCGCUGACUCAUCGCUCGGCCGGAAGAAAAUGCUCCUUCUCUCGUGUCUCAUCAUGUCUAUCACCGGCGCACUAACUAUGGCCUCACCCAACUUAUGGGUCUACUCGGCCUUACGGUUCAUCAGCGGCUGUGGCCGCGCAACGAUCGGCACGUGCGCACUCGUGCUGGCGACCGAGAUCGUUGGGAAACGGUGUCGAGGUCAGGUGGGAAUCCUCGGCUUCUUUUGUUUCACGCUCGGAUUCUUAUCUUUGCCUGCCAUGGCCUACCUAGCUAGGGGUUCCUCAUGGUGGACCCUCUACCUGUGGACGUCAGCCCCCGUGAUCGUUUAUUGCAUAGCCGUCCAUUUUCUCGUGCAUGAGUCCCCACGUUGGCUCUUCGUGCGCGGACGUAAGGAUGAAGCUGUCCAGACGCUUCGAAGCAUCUCGUUAUCAAAUGGCAAGAUAUUGCUUUCCAGCUUCUCUGAAGUGGCUGUCGAAGAGGAGUCGUGGAAUGCCGACAUAUACUCGGCGAUGAAGAUCUUGUGGGAGAAGAAGUGGGCAUUUCGACGGUUAUCGAUGGUUAUGGUGGUUGGUUUCGGAGUAGGCAUGGUCUACUACGGGAUGCCACUUGGUCUUGGCAACUUGGAUUUCAAUCUCUAUGUGAGUGUCACGUUCAAUGCAUUAUCGGAACUUCCGUCAACCUUACUGGCCUUCUUCCUGAUAGGGAGGAUGAAUCGCCGGAGUGCGGUGCUGGUGUUCACUAUCUUAAGCGGGUUGUGCAGUAUCCUCUGCGUAGUGAUGGGUGGUGGCGAUAGGAAGGAGGUGCAGAUGGGGCUGGAGCUGGUUUCGUUCUUCAGCGCCUGCACCGCAUUCGGCAUACUUUUGGUAUACACCCUUGAAUUGUUCCCAACAUGUGUACGGAACACGGCAUUGUCGAUGGUGCGGCAGGCGAUUGUGCUCGGUGGCGUGAUCAGCCCCAUGCUUGUGGCGACAGGUAGGAAGCAAGGGUUCUUGUCAUUUGGGGUGUUUGGGGUGGUGAUUGGAGGGUGUGGAUUGUUUGUGAUGGGGUUGCCAGAGACAAGAGGUGGGCCAUCUUGUGAUACAAUGGAGGAAGAAGAGAAGAAGGAGAUUCUGGCUUUCAAUGGAGAUCACGCAUUAAAAAUAUGA